UAAAAAAAAGACAACAGAAAACUCGUUCGCUGGUUGCCCAUCUUGUUUAGUGGUUCCGAAAAUCCUUUCUCUAGCAUCGUCGAAAUCCUGUUCCGAUUUGUUCUUUAACUGGUUUUACUGACGGAAAUCGACUGCCACGGAAGCUGAUUACCAUCGGAUAGGUAAUUAAUACGUGGAAUGUGUGAUUGCAGCGUGUGGUUCUUUAGGUUGAAUGCCGUGAUUCGAAUUUGCGUAGCAGCUCACAAGGCUACUCAACACGCGAUUAUCGAAUUGUAGUUUUUUUUUUCGCUUGAGUGGGAAGUGUCAUCAAUAUAGGUACCCGCGAGUGAUUCAGGCUGCAAGGAAUUCUUGCCAAGAAUAAAAAUUUUUGUCCCGCAAAAUACUCCCUAAAAUUGCCACAAGAAGAGAGGCGUUUAUUAAGUAAUCUGAGCGAAGAGCCUUCUGUUCCUGAUUCCACCGAGUUGCUUCGUGGAACAACCACUAGAAAAUGCCAGCCAAGGAACGGAACAUUGCUAUGAUGGGAUACAGAUCCGUAGGAAAAUCCUCGCUCAGUAUUCAAUUUGUAGAAGGACAAUUCGUCGAUUCGUAUGAUCCGACCAUUGAAAAUACAUUCACCAAGAUCACUCGGGUCAAUUCGACUGACUACGAAGUUAAGCUUGUGGAUACGGCCGGUCAGGAUGAGUACAGCAUAUUUCCUGCCCAGUACAGUAUGGACUUUCAUGGGUACGUGCUGGUCUACAGCAUCACUAGCCAUAAGUCGUUCGAGGUGAUCCAGAUCAUCUACGAGAAGCUGCUCGACGUCAUGGGAAAAGCAUAUGUACCAGUGGUAUUAGUUGGCAACAAAACAGAUUUGCAUCAGGAACGAGCCGUUUCAACGGAAGAAGGCCGAAAGUUGGCUGAAAGCUGGAAAGCUCAAUUUCUCGAAACAUCUGCUAAGCAAAAUGAGUCUGUUGCGGACGUUUUCCAUCUAUUGCUAAAGCAGAUCGAGAGCGACAAUGGCAAUACAAGUGAAAAGAGCAGCUGUACAAUUUCAUGAACAGCGAACGACCCGGCUGUAGAUGUAGUGCAAAUUUAUCGGUUCACCACCGCGAUAACGUCUCGUUUAGGCAAAUUUAUCGUCAACUCCGUUGUCGUCGUCAUCAUUGUCAAAAUGCAACAGUGAGCGUGACUAUUUACUACGAUCACUCCCUUUACAAUACCGUAAGCGAACCAACCGUACAGGUGCAUUCUACUAGAACGAUCUAGGUUUUUUUUGAGUUUACAGUAAUCGUGUCCUAAGCUUCGAAUGUUUCUUCUUUGUUGUAAGCAAAGGCAAUCAUGAAAAAAGUCACUAAAAGCAAUAGUCGUUUUACGUUUGCUCUUUAAGCUGUUGUAAAACUAUCCGGAUAUUUUUUUUCUCAUGUACUGUUAUACUCUAAAGAUCAGAUACGGUCAGUUCGACUUACUCGUGGAUUAUCAAUAGAGACCAAUAAUUGAAAAAGUUAUCAUUGUCAUUCAAAACGCGCUGGAGUACAGAAAAGGAAUGAACCGUCAAACGACUGAAAAGAGGGUGGAAAUUUAUUAGACACAAGUUUUAAUGGAAUCAGAGAUGCACAGUAAAGGGCGAUUCAUGAAAGUUUAUAUACGAGUAUGGCAUAAAGAGCGAGAGAGUUAAGCGAAGUGUGAAAAGUAUGUUAAGAAAAUUGUAAAAAUUAAAACCUACUUUUAGAAUCAAGUUUUUGCCUUUACGUCUUAUUUCGUGUACUUGUAGUUGAGUACUAACUUUUUGAACUGGACAGUUCGGACAUAAAGAUAUGCAAUAGGUAAGAAAAUUUUCAAGAUUCAUUUUAAAACUGCUCUUUUCAGACUCAAUGUAGCGGAUCGGUAGCAAAAAAAAACGAAUUGAUUCUAUUAACAACUCUUUUGAUUAAUGGGAAUAUAAAGUAAAUUGAUGCCACCAAACAACUGUAAAAAUACACCGUUGUGGGAAGAUACUUGAGCUUAUCCUUUCAGAUAGCCCGGAAUCCUUUGCUCUGGGUCAAACCGAGCCUGUCGUUCAUUAGCAUAUAUUAUACAUUUUUGACAUACGAAAAACAAUGCGUGAGUCUACUCUGCCUAUAUUGUUUUGUAAAACAAAUAAUAUAGAUUUAUUCCGCGAUUUGUUCGAUUUUUACUAUUAUUUUUUACCAGCUAGGUUUACUGUUCAGUGCGGCAAAAAAUUAUUCUUUUACUUGUAAUCUAUGGUACGGUAUAAAAUUAUUUAUAAGCCUAAACCAAACU